CAAAACACAUUCUAAUCAUUCUCUCCCUCUCAGGCUCUCACCCUUUUCCUAGAGUUUCUUUCUUUAUUUAUAUAGACAAAAGAAAACAUAUAAAACUCAUCAUCAUAGACUUAGAAUAAUGGAAAUUGAAGCAAGGCAAAACAUGGUAGCAAAAAAGCUAUGGAACAUGGUACGUGUAUUGUUGUUCAUGAUAAGAAAAGGCAUAGCCAAGACCAAAACAAUGGUAGAUCUCAACUUGAUUCUCAAACGUGGGAAACUAGCUGGGAAAGGCUUAGUCAAUACUCUCAUUCUCAAUCACCAAUUAUACUAUUCCUCGCUCACAUGUCGCUCCCACGACAAUAUUAACUCUUUCAUCUCUCCUUGCGAAUACGAAUUCAGCUGCAGUAACACCCCUGUUAAUCCUCUCUAUCAUUCUAGCCGCCGCUUCUCCAAGUCACGCCAACGACACAACGAUGUUUCCACCAUGAAAAAUAAUGAUAUUGAUGUUCAGAAUGUGUUUAUUGAAAUGAUGUUGAACAAUGAAAAGGUGGAGGCUGUGGCUGAUUCACCUUUAGUGGCAUUGCCUGGUUUUGGGCAGAGCCCUGUUGGGAGACAACUAAGGGUUACCGAUUCGCCUUUCCUGCUCGAAGACGAAGGGGAUAGUCAUCAUGUAGACAAGGCAGCUGAAGAAUUCAUUAACAACUUCUAUAAAGAUCUCAAUAGGCAAAAUAGAUCAAUCAGCUUCUUUUGAGUCACCAUACAA